AUAAACCUUGACCUGUUCCUAGGAACACAUUAGCCAUUGUCUUUGUAUGCAAAUACACAUUAAUAAGCGGCUCUGAUGCUUGUCUAAUCCAGUAUGGCACACAGCCCACAGAAUGGCGCACAAACACACAGGAGGUACCAUGCGCCUGCUACACGGGCAGAUUCAGAAUGGAUCAGCAGAGCGAAGGGCACUGAUCUGCAUUGCUGAGAGAGAGCAUUUUGUAAGCUAAACUGACACCCGCAGGUGGGUCGAAGAUCUCCUGAAGUUCAACUUGAAGGAGUCUGGAAUCACUAUCGCAGCAAACAUGACGAGCUCUCCUCUGGACGAAUAUGGGCUGAACGUGUCCCACAACUCCUCCACGCCUUCUUCACCUUCUAUGUCUAUAGAUCAGCUUUUCCCGGCUUUACUGGAAUGUUUUGGGAUUAUCCUGUGUGGAUAUAUUGCUGGGAGGGGAAACAUUAUAACAUCUUCUCAGGCCAAAGGCCUGGGGAACUUUGUCUCGAAAUUUGCACUGCCAGCCUUACUGUUUAAGAACAUGGUGUUGCUGGACUUUGCCAAUGUUAUCUGGUCCUUUCUUUGGAGUGUUCUAGUUGCCAAAGUGGUGGUGUUUGCUGUCGUCUGCAUUUUAACACUACUGGUUGCCAGUCCAGAGAGCCGUUUCAGCAAAGCGGGGCUCUUCUCCAUUUUUGCUACCCAGAGCAACGACUUUGCAUUGGGGUACCCUAUCGUGGAGGCCUUGUACAAGAAUACGUACCCAGAAUACCUGCAGUACAUUUACCUCGUGGCUCCGGUGUCCCUCAUGAUCCUGAAUCCGGUAGGGUUUGUGUUCUGCGAGGUCCAGAAGUGGAGGGACAGCCCCUCCCCGCAGCAGAGCAAGCUGAAGAUCGUGGGGACGGUGAUACUUCAGGUCCUGAAGAAUCCCAUUGUUUUCAUGGUGGUCAUCGGCAUCGCCUCGCACUUCAUCCUGAGCCGCCAGAUCCCCGUUUUCAUGGCCCAGUUUUUGGAUGGCCUGGCUAACUCCUUCAGUGGGUCAGCUCUGUUCUACCUCGGCCUCUCCAUGGUUGGACAGCUCAGGAAGCUCACCAAGUCCACCUUUGUCGCACUAAUUCUGCUCAUAACAGCCAAGCUGUUGUUGAUGCCACUGAUCUGCAGAGGCAUGGUUGAACUGUUGGACAAGAGCAACGUUUCAGUGAAUCAUACCAGUCUCUCAAAUUAUGCAUUUCUGUAUGGAGUCUUCCCUACUGCACCAAGUGUAGCUAUCUAUGCAGCCCAAUACAACAUGGAACUUGAAAUUGUUACCUCAGGGAUGGUAAUAAGUACAUUUGUGUCUGCUCCAAUUAUGUAUGUUUCUGCUUGGUUACUGACAAUACCAUGGAUGGAUUCAAAGCCAUUAGCUGCUGCACUUCAAAAUGUCAGUUUUGACAUAAGCGUAGUCAGUUUAAUUGCUCUGGUUUGGACUGUGACUGUCAUGUUUCUCAGUAAGAAAUUUAAGAGGCUCCCACAUCUUUUCAUGAUGAACCUGCUUCUGGCACAGUUUCUUGUCUGCAUUGGGAUGAUUUUGUGGAAUUUCAUCAUAAAGCAAGACAAUAUCAUUGGCCAUGUCCUGUCAUUCAUAUUACUCUACAGCUCCCUCUACAGUACUUACCUGUGGACAGGCCUUAUUGCCCUUUCUCUGGUGCUAAUGAAAAAAGACGAUGAACUUAAGGUUCAGCCAGCGAUUUUCAUGAUAGCAGGCUGGGGAAUUCCAGCGUUUAUAGUUGGAAUCCUUCUGAUUGCUGGGGAGAAGAUGCCAGACAACAUUGACUCUGCUUUCUUUUAUGGAAGAGCGCAGAUCAUCAGCACUACCGUGGUCCUUUCCUGCAGCAUCCUGCUUGCAGGAGCCUCACUCAUGGGCCUCAGUCGAGGCACACAGAGUCCUGGCUAUGAGGUUCUAGACCAGAGCUCUGCGAUGGGUACCGUGGAGGACGUGCGGACCCAGAACAGUCAGGAGACCACGACAAACGAGCACUCAGCCCAGACAGACGCCAGCAUUAACUGUUGUGCCUGUGAGCAGGCUAGGAGAGGGAACUGUUGCCCAGCGCAGCCCAUGCCUGACAUGAUUGCCAGCACUCAGGAGAGUGAACCCCCCCCUGUGCCAUCAGGUCAGUGCGUGAGUCACUGUGAGUCUGCCAGCUGCAUACUGGCGCAGGAGGAGCAGCUGCUGCAACACGCAGAUCGCCAGCUGGCCAGACAUGUGCUGCUGUGCCUUCUCCUCAUUGUGGGCUUGCUUGCUAACUUGUCCAGUUGCCUGUGGUGGCUUGUUAACCAGGAACCCGGAAGGCUUUACGUUGAGCUACAGUUCUUCUGUGCCAUUUUCAAUUAUGCACAGGGCUUUAUUUCUUUUGGUAUUUUUGGGUUGGAUAAGCAUUUGAUAAUCUUACCCUUCAAAAAGAGGCUUGCAAGCCUAUGGCAAAGUAGAGACAGGGUUGAACAGCAGGACUCUGAUGUUCCAGAGGAGAUUAGGAUGACCUGCACACAGUUUGUCAGAUAUCAUCAGGACCAGUGUGUCAAGGACAUUGUACAGAAGAGAAGGUGUGGAGAGAAGACUUUGGCAGGCGUCUUUUUCGGCAGCGACCUGGUGGAGUGGCUCCUCCGCGUGGGCCUGGCGCACGACCGCGGCGAGGCGGUACUGUACGGGGAGCAGCUGCUGCAGGGCGGGGUUCUCCGGCACAUCACCAGCGAGCACGAGUUCCGGGACGAGACCCUGCACUAUCGUUUCGUGAAGUGAGGCCAAGGCAGUAGUGAAGCCGGGGCAGUAGUGAAGACCAGCUUUUUUCGAGACACUUCUGGUUUUAGCCGCCCCUCGCAGUCCAAACUGGUUGUAAAACUAACCUCCGGGAAUAUAUAUCGAUUUUGUUUUUUGCAUGAAAAGCAAAAGGGGCUGGAACUGAGACUUGCCACAGCACUUUCACUUCAUCUUAGCUGCCUUUGUUACUCCUUUGACAGUUGGGACUGAAUGCCUAGAAAGUGACAUGUGACAAGGGAGAAUACUCCUUAGAAAAUGUGUGUUGUUUUUUUUUUUUACGUCUCCUUUUUGAGGUCAUGUGCAAACCAAAAAGAUGGAAGCAGCGUACUGUUUAGUGAGAUCCGUCUGAGCGGCGCAGCCUUCGCGACUGGGCGGAUGCGGGGACGAUGAGGAAGCUUUGCAGCUCGGAGAAGCAGGCAGUCACCAGUCGUUCUGUACAGUGUGUGGUUCAAGGGCACUACAACAUGCACGUUCUUUGGUUGAUAGGUUCAGCCAGCAAUCCUCCUUCACCGCUCGUCUGCAACUGAAACACAGGGUCUGACCCAUAUUGUCCUUAUGAUUUCAAUGUACCUUCUUUAUACCUUUUUUACUGGGUUUUACCCACCUUCCCAGAACCUCUGUUUAAAAACUGGACUUAUCUUGACAAUACCACGUGUUAAGGCAAAAAGAACAACCUCGCUUUUCGACCUCAUCAGCCAGAAGCAGUGAGGGAGGAAAUGAUGCCCUGAUCUGUUACGUUCUCGCUCACUGUUAACCUUUCUGAUGAGUCCUGCUUCUUUCCCACAGGAUCUGUAAAUGUGCGUGGUCCCGGAGAGGGCCUUCAGAAAAGGGUUGUAUUUGAAUUUUGAAUUCGAGUUGCUUAAUCCUUAGAAAGGCGCUCUCCAAGGUAGAGGACAUGCCUUGGGAUUUCCUUGCCUUUUCAAGGUCUAUUUGGAGCUGGAGUCGGAGCUCCUUCUCUAAAUUCACUAAAACCGGACAGUAGAUAUUAAAUGAGGGCAGAUACAUGAACAGGUAUAUGUACUUUUUAAACCUUUAGUGGUUUACUGACUUGCUUUACUACUGACAUGUCUGCUUUUUGUAUUGGAUUGUUUCAUUUCGGUAGUCUUUGUUUGUCUUCAGGGUGUUAUUUUUAUUCAGUCAUAAAUAAUUAAGCUGGGACAGAGUGCUUAAAGGUUAGUUAUAAAGAGGGAAAGUGAAAGCCAACAAGUGUCAUUUUGUUAAUGGAUUACUAAAGCUGAAAACGAUUAUUUUUUUUAACAUUUGUGCUUUUCAGGGUAGGUUUCUGUCUUAAAAAGCCAUUUUGUAACAUGUUUUCAGCCUAGUGCUUCUGAAUACAGAAGCGUUCCAUUAUCUUCUGUCUCAACAUAUUCACUCUUCUCUCUUAUUUGUUACCUCCACUGUAGAGUGUUUUGAGAUGUCUAGAGAGUGCUAUAUUUAAAUGUCUAUAAUUUCAAAUUUUAGUCUAGUUCGUAAUCUCUUGCUGUUAGAGUAAAAGUCAUCUGUAGACACAAAGAGAACUGCAGUAUUGAAGACCGGGGGGAAGUGACAUCCGUUGAUAUAACUUAGUAGUUUGAUUUGAUUUUGCCAGCUUUAGUUUGUAUUUCAUUCAGUUAACAUUCAGUAAUUACAAGACUUGAAGUAUCACUGCUUAGUUUCUACUAUUGUACAGUAAGUCUUGUAAUGGCUUUUCAUUUAAAUGAGUUUUAUUUUUAUUGGUGAAUGGGUAUUUAAUAUAACUUUCAACAUUUGCCUUCUCCCACCAAAAAGUGGUAGGGUAAGGCAGCUGGAUUUUUCUUAUAGUGAAAAUCAUUUAAUGAAAUUGUUUUUUUUUUAAGAAAACUGUACAUCUACCGGUAACUGGGAGUGCUUUAGCUCUGCAAAAUCUCUUAUUGUAGCACAGAAACCUGUAGCAUCUGCUACUUGAAGAAUGAGAAAAAUGGCAUCGCCUACAGAGCCUUUGUACAACGAAAGUGACAACACUUAGGCUGGAUUUAUGUUUUUGUUGUAGUUCAUCCACUGAGGAGGCCCUUUUCUAAAAUGAUACAACUUUGAAAGUACCAGACUAUUCGAAAAUAUUACUGAGGGCAGGUUUAUCCACCUACAGUAUAGCAACAAUUACAGUUUCAACACCGAUAUACAAUACAGCCUUGUUAUUUGUUAGUCCUACAAUCGUGAUUUUAUCUAUUCACGCGAAAUUUUUAGUGACCACUUAAUCUGCAGUCGCUGACCAAAUUUGCUUAUUCACAGGCUGUGCAGUAGGAUGGUAAAUGCAGGCAAAUCUUCAUGCAGAUUUACUUUAAAGACCUGCACUGGUCUCUAUAGUAAAAGCACAGCUUGAUUAAUAAAGAGCUAACAUGAUGCACUUGUAUUAAAUAUGGGUUAUGCUUUAGUUAUUGAGUUUCGUCAUGAGAGCAUUAGACUUACAGUUUAUUAGGUUGUGUGUAGAUCUCUUAUGAUUAUAUUGCCUGUAUGGGAGUGUUGUGCUGCAAAGUAAAGGAAGUGUUAAAUAUCAAAACCAAAACCUCUUUGGUCAUCACAGUCUUGGUUGUUGUGUGUCUUAGCAGAAAAGCAUAACAAAAGAAAUGAGACGAAGAAAGAGAAUUAGACAGACUGCAGGAGAGUGAGUUGGUUAAGUGAGUGUGCUUAAUUUACUUUCCAAUCUGUUGUUACUGGGCUGUAAUAAACUUUACUGCAGUACAAUAGUGUUGCACUUCUAAUACCAAUUUAAAUGGGAUGUAAAAAGUAAAGAAAAUGCAUUCUACUAAUAACGAAAAAACAAACUCAACAAAGUGUAAACUAUAAUAUAAUAACAGU